UCUAACCUUCUAUGAAAAGUCAAAUCUGAUGUUAAUUUGACAAAAGCUGGAUCCCUUCUAGCCGUGACUCUGGAAUCGACGCGCUGUUUGACGUAAUGCUCCCAGGUAGCCAGUUUUCAGCAAGACAGAUAGGGUUCAGCACAGCACUGCGAGGAUUUUAUCGAUAAGGGAGCCUAGCGAUAAUUGGUGAAGGCUGAUACUGUCUCAGGCAGUGACAUGGCCAACCCUCUGAGGAAAGAGGUUAGACAGCUGUACAAGAAUCUACUGUAUCUGGGACGGGAAUACCCCCAAGGAGCAGACUACUUCAGGGAGCGUCUGAACAGUGCCUUUAUGAAGAACAAAUAUGUCACAGACCCCAAGGAGAUCAGAAAGCUUGUCGAUUGUGGAGAGGAUGUGAUUAAGGAACUGGGGACCAUGUACUAUCUGAGGGAAUAUAGCAUCAUGAAAAAGCGUUUCUACGAAGAAGAAUUGUUAGGCCUGCUGAAUAUAGGCAGACCGACAGACUGAUAGCCUAGAUGUUUGGCAGCUGAAUCUUCAGUAUGUGGGUUGUUCCAUGAAUAGAGAACAUUUUGGGUAGUGUAACUUGGUCCCCCAAAAAUAUUGUUUUCACCUAAUUUUAACAUUCUGUCAUAAAGAGCACAUGUCCAACUUUCCAAAAAAAAAUCCAUGUCAAGGGCUUAAAUAAAACUAAUGACUAGUAAGUGCCAUUAAAGUUACAGGGUUGACGUAACAGGUUUGUGGUUUUCGUCUUAAAUUUGCCAUAAAUCCCCUUUCGAAAUGCAAGCUUCACAAAAAAAUAAAAUGUUAAAAAAAUAUUUCAGGGUAACAGGGUUGACAUGUUAUGCUUGAUGUGCUCUGAUUGAAUUAAAUGAGAAGUCCUAGAGUACCACCUUC